GUUGGCUGUCGACUCAAUAUGAAAUUUCAACUGUCCAAAUGCUGUUACUGCAUCGAUCUGCGUCUUGGCUGCUUUCUGGUUGUAUUCUUCGACAUCUUAAUGCAUGCGGUGCACAUUGAGUUUGGCAAUCUUCCACAGACGAGCUCUUCAACGCCCUGAAGCCCUUCAUCUACGUGACCCAUUUCGUGGGCUGUCUCAUGCUCUUCUACAGCGCCGCCGUCCAAAUUUCGCUGCUGAUCUUAGUUUAUCUAACGACGGACGUACUCAAAUUUCUGUUCUUCGUCAUCUCGGCCUAUGCCUGGGCCCAAAGCUGUCAGAAUACGAUAUUUACCAUCUGCAUUCAGGCUAUGAACAUAUUGUUUAGCGUCUACUUCUGGCUAGUGGCGUACUCGUACUUCCGGCAAUGUAGAGACAACCCUGUCGAUAUCUGAGCUCCAACACAUUUUCGGAUCAAGCGAACAAAAUUGAUUUGGAUUGUCUGGCGGCACUGCGCUCGCUCGCUUUGUUCAUUGAGUGGCUUCUGAGCUCAGCUGAGCCCAAGCCAAGUGAGCCGCGAAGCCGACUUGAUCAAUUAAGUGGCGUGCGCAUCUCCACCCGUUCUCCAAAAUAUGUGAAAAUUCACU